CGUCUGAAUUCGCUGCCAACCACUAUACAAGGCAUCAAAGCGUGUUCCUGCUCUUGUAGCUUAAAUUUGGUUCACGUCGCCAGUUUCCAUCAAAAAUGAAACACAUCGCUGCUUACCUCUUGCUCCAACUCGGAGGCAACACUUCGCCUUCCGCCGCCGACAUCAAGUCUCUCCUCGAGACUGCUGGUGCUGAGGCCGAUGACUCUCAAUUGGACAAAUUGAUCUCUGAGCUCGAGGGCAAGGACAUCAACGAGCUCAUCGCCGAGGGAUCCAGCAAGCUUGCAUCCGUUCCCUCUGGUGGUGGAGGAGGUGGUGGAGCCGCCGCUGCUUCUGGUGGAGCCGCUGCCGGAGGUGCCGCUGCUGCCGACGCACCUGCCGAGGAGGCCAAGAAGGAAGAGGAGAAGGAGGAAUCCGACGACGACAUGGGCUUCGGACUGUUCGACUAGACGUCGUUUAGC